CGAUAAGCAAGGUUACUCUACAGUCUGCAACUUGUACCUUCCCGCAAAAGCUUACAACUCCAAGCGUAAUACCACGUCCACAAAAAGUAUAAACAAAAUUGUCUUGCAGUUCCCAAAAUUUAACUCAGCAUUUUAUCUCAAGACUGAGCACACCAUAAUCGACGAAAAGAUUAUUCAGUUUUUUGAACUCAUAUUUUAUGCAUCGGUUUUCAAGCUAAACAAAUGGAGGAUCCUUUCUUAGUUGUCAAAGGCCAAGUAGAAACGCAACUCAGCAAUGCACACAAUUUAUUCGAAUCUUGGAAACGAAUUCAACAAACCGUCUCAUCGCCCCAAAAUCAAGAAUUGUUAUGGACUGCAGAAGAAUUGAAUGCUGCAAUUGAGGGCAUUGAUCAGGAUUUGGAUGAUUUAGAUGAGGCGCUGCAAGCUGCCUCACAAAAUCCUUCCCAAUUUCAUUUGACAGCGCAAGAUUUGAAUCAACGAGGAAAGUUCAUAAAACAGUCAAGGAGUUUUACUCGAAAUAUUCGCCACACUUUAGCCAACCCACCGAGUAAGAAAAAAACCAAUAAUCCUUAUGACAGCAGCUACGAAAGCUCAAGCGGUAGCAGCAAACCCUAUCAAACAGCCCAAAAUGAUAAUAGUAUAUUUAUUGAAAAUCAACAACAACAACAAUCUAUGAUUAUGCAAGAACAAGAUCAACAUUUGGAUGCUAUGGGAGGCACUAUAGUGAACUUGCGAGAAAUUGCAGGAACCAUGCAUAAGGAGCUAGAUGAUCAAGUGAUUAUUUUAGAUGAACUGCACGACCAAGUGGAUCAUUCAGAGGGACGAUUAAAACAGGCUAUGCGAAGAGUAACAACCAUCUUAAAGCAAGAAGAAGAAUCGAAAUCAGGUUACUGCAUUUGUUGUUUGAUCAUCAUUCUCAUCAUUUUACUGAUAUUGGUUAUGAUAAUUUGAAGAAAAAACUUCUUUCAAACAGUGGAUACGUUCAGAUUGAAAUUCAACAAAAACUAUCUUUACCAAUUAGCAAUCUAUGGACUAUUGCUUGAUAAAAGUUCCAGAGUGUUUGUAUGUGAGCAACCAUCCAAUCUUUCAUCAUAUGUAAAUUUUACGGUGAGGAGAAGACUCGGAAAAAGAAAUUUUGCAUUGACGGAACUGCAAGACCAGUUAUUUCUAGAUUUAGGUAUAAACGAAGGGUUCUACUCAGAACAAUCUUCAUUGAAUACUAAAAUUGAGCUAAACGCAAUAUAUUGUUCUUUUCAUUUCUUUAAUUGUUUUUAAAGACAUACAUUUUUAUUAUUUUUUUUUUUUUUUCUCUUUUGAAUAA